AUGCCCGCCGGCAGCGACACUCCCGGCGAGAUGCGCCCCGGUGAGCUUCGCGUUGUCGGCACGAGCGUUACGCGCGAGAUCGACCUUCUGUUCGACAAGGUGGCGCAAUCCGUCGGCAAGCGUCCGCCGCGCGUCCUUCAGGUGGGCUCCCGGACGCUCCUCUCGGAGCGCAACGUGCGCAACUGGCGCAACCUCGUUGCCAAACGCUUCGGCGCCAAGGCGCAGUUCGUCGGACUCGACCUCGCCGAGGGAUCCAACGUCGACUAUGUCGCCGACAUCUGCAGCGAUCCGCGAACGCUAAAGACCAGGCUGGGCGACGACCCGUUCGAUCUCGCGAUCUGCUGUCAUGUACUCGAACACACGCGACAUCCCGCGCGAGCGGCGCGCAACAUCAUGCGCUGCCUGAGGCCCGGUGGGCUGGCUUAUGUCGCGGCCGCCUGGUCGCAGGCCUUCAACCCGACGCCCGACGAUUAUUGGCGGUUCUCUGCGCGCGGCCUGAUGCUCCUGUUCGAACCGCUUGAGAUCGCCUCGUCAUUCUACAGCGGCGGCGAUGUCGGGCUGGAUGUCGCCUACCGCAUCGAACGCAACGGCAGGCCCGAACUCGAUCCCCGCGCCGGUGCCGUCGAACAAGGCCUGUUCCAGCUCGUCCUCGACCAUGAGGACAAUCGCGCGGUGCUGGCCCGCCAGGCGACCGAGCGGUUGCCGGUAUCGCGGACCUAUCUCCCCAGCCUGUUCGUCAACCUCGUGGGACGCCGCGUCCGCUAA